GGUCACACCUAUCAUGCCUGAUCUGUCGUUCAAACCGAAUUCCUUGUGCUCAAAGUUUGGAUAUGUAGUCGCUGGAGGCCAACGGAGCCAAUUAGUAGUUAAAAAUUUGGUCGGAGGAAGGUCGCACACGGUAUCGCUUGGGGGUUCUAUCAAUAACUCCAUGGGUAUGUACCGAACAGAUACUGGGAUCCGGCUGCUGGUAUCAAACAACGACGAGAGUGUCAAGGUGUACUCCCUCUCGGGUAUGGACCAUAUUGUCGAUAUUGCGAUCCCGUUUGCUGUGAACAAUACAGCCGUCUCCCCAGACAACAGGACGAUGCUGGUGGUGGGCGACAGCAAGGUGGGUCUUUUCUACGACAUCAGGGGAGGGACCUAUACACGUACAACCUCGUUCAAUGCGUGUCAGAAUGCGGCCUUCAGCUGCAAUUGGAAUUACGCAGGCGAUAAAGUGGCCGUGGCCUGUCAGGAUGGAUCCAUUGCUGUGUGGGAUAUGAAGUAUCUAAGCAAACCUUUGACAAGUAUUUCGUCGUCACAGUCGCCAAACACGAGUGGGGCCUGUCGCGGAGUUAAAUUCUCACAUAGCUCGUCGAUGGAUCUGUUGGUGUUCACUGAGCACGAGUCGUUAGUGCAUGUGGUUGAUACUCGUGCAUACGUUGAGAAGCAAACGCUACGACCGUCACCGGACCUUACACAGGGAGUGGCGGGGGUUACUUUCUCGUCAGACGCCAAGAAGCUGUUUGUUGCUAUGGAAUGCGGAGUGUACGAAUAUGCCAUCGAUACAAUGCAGAGGCGUCGAUUCGCGGCAGGUGGUUUGCUUUGAAAUGUCAAAUCGAACCCAAGAAUACAGCUCUAAAAAUAGGGUUCAGGACGGGACCUGUCCAAAUGUAGUGAAUUUGUAGGGAAAUGCAAAGAAGCAGAGCGCGGCAUGUGCAGCAAAUUGUAAUGUUCACGGUAAACGUUAAACGUGACCGCUACUCGGCAGCUACCCUUACACCGAACGCACAGACGAAUGGCUUGGCGAGAGAUACUACUACUACACGUAGUGAACAUCACGAAUACAGCAACCUUUGAACUCUCAACCGAUUUGUGGUUACUUAAAGUACCUCGAGCGAUGAAGUUCAGCCCAUUUAAAGGCGCCAGUUAACCUAGCACGCCUUAUGACGAAGCUGAGACGGAUCUCAUAUCGUCGAAGUUAGCACCCGAACCCGAUGAUCGGUUGCUGAGCACUACCACACCACUGUGUCCAUCCACGACCACUGCGCAGCAUACGCGAGUAGAUUUCAACGCUUGCGCUUUUUUAAGUUAAUCAGUAUAACCGUAUUGCAGGAGGGCCAGACACAGUGUUACUGGUUUCUGGAGAUAGCAUGCCUCAUAACUCGUAUGUCGUUUGGCUUUGCUUUCACGGCACCGCGUUGCCGGCUGUGAAGUAGACAACAUUUGAACAUGAGGCAGCGAUAGCCGAUCCACCGUAUGCAGCAAACUAUUAUGUUCUUCCAUCGAAGUUAUAGUAAGUGGACAACGCGCCAGGGUUUUAGGGCUUCAGGUUCUAGAAGCGAAGCCUGGGGCCCUGAAACCCGUGAAUAACGAACCUUUUUGUAUCAUGAGGAUGAAAUGCAGUACGUGAAGGGUGUACGAUUAUGAUUACACCGGCGACGUUUUAGUACAGAUGGGUGGGUUGGACAGCAAGCAGAGCGCUUACAGCCUCUGCGUAAGACAUGACAAUACACGGCUCUGAAUUGCGAAUUAUUAUAGCGCAAUGCAGUAGCGAGGGUGGAGCGAUGUUUGUUAUGCCGAUAAAAAUUGGAAUGGUGACCAUAGAAAGUAUCGAGUUACACCUCACAUUUGAGUUUGAUGAUACGCACAAUCGGCAUUUCCGUUCAGACACAACGCUACACUUUGUUUUGUGCAGACGCCUCUAGCGUAUCUGCAAGGUUUUAGGAAACUCAAACACAGUGCUUAUUUGGCCUAGUUGUGCCUCUGAUUGGUCGAACGCGGGACGCUUGUGCAAUGGAAAUGGAGCGUUUGCGAUGCUCAUGCCUUUACAGUAGGAUAUAUCUCAGCUAUGGAAAAGCCGUGUCUUGCCCGAACCAGGUCUAUUGUUAAACUGGUAAUAAAUCUUUGUAAAUAAACACUUUUGUCCGCGAGGCUGCGUUCUCCCA